AAAAACUCCAUAUAAAAUUAUAAAUACUCCACACUUUAUAAGAUGGAUAAUGUUUCAUAAAGUACACUGCAGUAUUUCAUUCCUCAUUUCUUGUUGCCGCCGUCCAUAAUCGCCAUUCUCCGAUCAAUUGUUUGACUCAUGGAGCUAGAACCAUCUUGGGAGGAUCAUGAUUGUGGAUACUUGUCAGUCAGUAAAGAAGACCAUACAAGUGAACCUGAUGUGUUUGGAUCUUUGUUAGAAUUAACUCCUAUCAAUGAUGAAGAAAAGGACGUUAUCUGUAUUAACUCCAUUCUCCCAGAUGAUAUUUUAGAGCGAGUUUUUGGACACCUUCCAGUUUCAACUAUUAUUAAAGCUGGUUGUGUAUGUAAGAAAUGGAAUGAUAUGUUGCAGUCUGAAAGAUUUUUACAGAACCUGCCAAGCACAUCACCUCAAAAACCUUGGUACUUCAUGUUUACUAGCGACUCUGAUCCGCAAGGGCAUGUAUAUGACCCUAUGCUUUUGAAGUGGUACAGAUUUGAGAUCCCUUAUGUUGAGAUGCCUAGUUGGAAUCUGUUUUCAUCUUCAGGUUUAGUAUGCUUUAUGGAUAAUGACUCUAGGAGAAAACUAUAUGUUUGCAAUCCGGUUACAAGAUGUUGUCGAAAGCUUGCAGGGCCUUAUGGUACAGAAUUAUCUGAUUACUGUGCCCUUGCAGUCUCAUUGGAUGAAUCAUCACGAAAGUAUACACUGGCUAUAGUGAGAUCUAAACAAGCUCCUGGAGAACAGGCAGAUUGGGGUCUCUCAAUUGAUGUUUAUAGCUCCAAAAAUAAGUUAUGGUCAUCUCUUGUGGAGGUUAAUUUACAAGCUUGGAGAAGUGGAGCUGACAGUGUGAUAUGUGGUGGGAUUCUGUACUUUGUGGUAUAUCUAACAAGGACACUGGGCUUUAUUAAUUCCCACUAUGGUGUGCUGGCUUAUGAUCUUGCUUCUGGGUCCUUUGACCUUGAUGUGGUUGAACGCGUGAUUCUGGCACCUUGUCCUGUCACAUGCAUGCGGUUGAUGAACAUUAAAGAAGAGCUUGUUAUGGUGGGAGGGAUUGAAAAACAAGGGAGAUCUGGUGUGAUCAAGGGCAUUGGUAUUUGGGUUCUUAAAGGGAAGGCGUGGGAAGAGGUUUCCCGUAUGCCAAACAAAUUCUUCAGAGGAUUUGGGGAGUUUGACGAUGUCUUUGCCAGUAGUGGUUUUGACAAUCUCAUAUACAUUCAGGGCUAUGGAACUCCUGCUCUUCUUAUGUUUGACAUGACUACAAAAGAAUGGAGGUGGUCACACAAAUGCCCUGCCACCAAGAAGUUUCCACUCCAGCUGUUUUCUGGAAUUUGUUUUGAACCCCGGUUUGAUAUUUCUCCGUAAUUUGGGAUCAUUUCUUCUUGACUCUGCUAGAUUUCUACAGUACUCAUUUCCAUCAAUACGCGAAACAUUAGCAUCCAAUAAUGAGCAGGUGGUACCCUCCUCCAUUCGUUCCUCACGGAAGGAAGGAUUUCGGUGUCAAAAGUGAUUUUAUUACCGCUUGGAUUAAAAGAAGCAAAGCCCAUAAGCAUGAUCGACUCACUUGUGUCUCAAACCAUCAAGGACUUGAAUUGAGCCACAUGAGCUUUGAAGUAUCACAAUCUGCCACUUAACACAUCAGAGGGGAGAGAGUAGCUCAAAACUUUCAUCACUCUCACGAGUGAGGUGAAAGCAGCCUUGAGUGAUUUUAGCGGAAUACCAAGUGAAGGCUUAUUUCCUGAUUAAAUGGUGUUUCAUUAAAGCUCAACUUCAAUGGGUCGGUUUGCAACCAUUCAGCCGCGGCAACUUUCAGGUUUCAUCAUCAGGGACAACAUGGUAUUCAAAUUAAAAUUUCAUUCUAUAAGCCACGCCUUUCCUUAAAGGUAUUCACAUAGCUUCACAACAUGGUAUCCUCAAUAAUUCAACUUGAGGGCAACAACUUUGUCCAAGGCGUUAGGUCCAUUCCAUGGGAGAUCAAGCACGUCAUUAGCAAAUGUUGUUCAUCUAGUUACUGUACUGAAAACAUGGAUAUUAUUCCUUGUAAUAUCUCUUGUUUAAUUUC